AUGCUCCGCAGUCAGCAGUUGACAGGUGUGCUUAAGAGCGCAGUCCUGCACGAGCUUGAUAGACGCGGUGUUUCAAGCACGCGGCGUCUCUAUGAUAUCCAAAUUUUUCCGGGAUCAGCCUUGGUCGAUGACGCCUUCCGAGAGGCUCUCAAAUACGAGAACCUACCAUGCCUCGAUGAUAUUGUUGAGACGCUUAGCAGUAGCCAAGAUGGGUCGUGGCGGCAAUUCUACUCGCUCCUUCCCGACCGGGACAAACCUCAGUCUAUCAAGGACCUAGUCAACGCCGACACAAUCGGCAGACAUGGAUUCCGCGGCCAGUCGCAGGCAACAACGUCCUACUUCCACCCGCAGAUGAUGUGGGAGCAAGCAAAAUCAAAUGCCCCGUCCAUUGGUCAUCAGCGUUGA